AGUCGUGUUGUAAGCGUUUGUGAUUUUCUCAGCUUUACGGUGCGCAGCGUGCGCAGUUAAAUAUUUGAAAGAAGAGAUUAGCAAAGAUGAAGAAGCUUUCUUUACAAAAGCACUAACGUAUGAGAUUCAGGCAGUAAAAAACAAAGUUUAAACUUGGCAACGAAAGGUUUUUAGACGAGUAAUAUGAUUACUUUAAGAGGAAAAUUAAAGAAGGAUAGUGAUAUAGCAAAUUCAAAAAAUAGAGACCACAAUAAGCGAGUUUCGAUACGUGAUAAAUUACUCAUCAAAGAGGUGCAAGAAAUGGAACAGACGCUGCCAGUAACUUGUCAAGUCAGAUUCAAAGAUCCACAUCGACUUCACGAUUUUAUAUUGUUAAUUAUACCAGAUGAAGGAUAUUGGGAUGGUGGCCAUUUCUAUUUUCAGAUUUACAUAACUGACGAAUACAAUAUGGCGCCACCAGUAGUAAAGUGCUUAACAAAAUUAUGGCAUCCUAAUAUAAGUGAGGAUGGUGAUGUAUGUCUUUCCAUUUUAAGACAAAGUAGUAUUGAUGGAAUGGGUUGGGCGCCAACACGGAAAUUGAAAGAUGUUGUAUGGGGUUUAAAUUCCCUUUUCACUGAUCUCCUAAACUUUGAUGAUCCUUUGAACAGAGAUGCCGCAGAUUUGUUUAUAAACGAUAAAGAAUCUUUUCGAACUAAAGUCAAAGAUUAUGUAAUGCAAUAUGCAAAAAGAUGAUUUACAUUGUAACAUUUUAAUAUAAUUAUUGAUCUGUAUCAAAUUGGUUUUAUGCCUCUUUUUAGCGAAUGAGUAAAAAGUUUGCUCAAAUAAGCUUCAGGCUGAUAUGAUUUAAUUAAAUUGCUGAUAUUUUGCUAGUCUUUUUGCUGCUUAGAGAAAGAUUAUUAUUAUGAGUUUUAUACAGGGUGCUUUGUAAUUCGUGAAUCCGGAUAUUAUAGCAUAAAAGUUCUCACAAAAAACAAAAUGAAAAAAUCCUUUCUAUUUUUUAACUCGAGCAACAGUUUUGAAAUAUAAGUGUUUAAAAUUGACCAAUCAAGCUUUAUAAUUUAAGCAGUAUCCGUAAAUUACUAAUGCUGUUAUACGUGCAACUCGGGGAACAAAUGACUGUUUAACUAUACAGUUUGAUUGGACAAUUUUAAAUUCUUAUUUUUCAAAAAUACAAGAUUACUUGGAUUGAAAAAUCGUAAAAAAUUUUCGUUUUUUAAAAACUUUAAUGCCAUAGUAUCCUAAUUCGCGAAUUACGGGACGCCCUGUAUAAUUAAAUUUUGGGAUUGUUUAGCGGAAUUGAGAACCAAUAAUUAAUAUAUAUUUUAAUGUACGAAAAAGAAUUAAAAAUGCGUCACGUGUUCAUGCCUUUCUUUUUUAAA